CUUGCGUCUCAGAAGUUUCCAGAUGGCUACUGCUCCAACUUGUCUAGAUGCGUAGACAUGAACAAACUUACCACGACGACGAGCAUGAAAACUCACGAUGCUCAUGUAAUAAUGCAAAGACUUCUACCAAUUGCACUAAAAGAGAUGCUUCCUGAACACGUAUGGUCCUGCAUUACUGAAAUCAGUUUGUUGUUUCAAUCGAUAUGUUCCAGCGUUUUGGAUGCGGCAUCCCUCCGGAGACUACAAGAUUCUGUUCCCAUUCUGAUGUGUAAUCUAGAAAAAAUAAUGCCUCCAUCGUUUUUCGAUACAAUGGAACAUCUUAUAAUACAUCUUCCGUAUGAGGCUUUGACUGCUGGGCCCGUCUUCUAUCGCUGGAUGUACAGAUUUGAAAGAUUUCUAGGAGAGCUGAAAAAGAAAGUGACCAACAAGGCACACGUUGAGGCUUCAAUUUGUCAAGCGUAUCUUCAACAAGAAAUCUCAACGUUCUCGUCUUUUUACUUCGAGCGUGACGUCAUCACCAGAAGGAAGAACAGCGGUUACAAAGUGUGAUCAAUAGUCGUGGGAUUGUCGACCCUUUGUUAGUAUCAUUAGCGUGGGGCCCUAGUGCCAGUGCCAAAGUGUGGCGGCAAUAUGUGAUAAACGGUUACACAUAUCACACAGCCGAUUACGGAGAGGGCCGACCAACAACGAACAGCGGGUUAUGUGUCCCGAC